UGACAGACGUCAUUGCUUCGAGCAUUGUGUUGCUAAGUUGGUGAAGUGAAAUUUGUACGGAAAAUUAACUGAUUUACGCGCUUUGAAACCCUGCAAAACUAUCGUUUUCAUAAACCUUAACAUACCGUGCGUCAACAGCGAGCAAAGUCUAUUGCAUUGAGCCCCUGUGCGGAAUGAAAAGCAGCACGUUUUACGACCACGAACAGCCACGAAAAGAACACCUCUCUAACAAGAUGGCGGCUGACGACGAGCUGAAUGUCGAGGAGCUGCUUGAAGCACCGUACAAGAAGGAGGAGGAAGCAUCCCCGGUCAACAACAACGGAACGGUGUCCAGCAACGGGGAGAAAAAAUCUAAAGAAAAUGGGCAUAGCAAAUCAUCCCGUCACCGCAGUCGGGAUCGUGAACGCGAACGGGAUCGAGAACGUGAUGGCGAGGGUCGUUCCCGGAAACAUCGCUCGCGAUCGUCCGACAAGACGAAGAAGGACAAGGAACAACGGCGGCGGAGCAAAGAGAAAGAACGUAGCCGAUCGCGCUCGCCUCGCCAUGAACGUUCCAAGGAUCGUUCGAAGGAGAAGGAACGCGUUAAAGUCGAUCACCAUCGCCGAGAUGCUGCAGCUGUGGAGAAGCGGCGUUCCCGGGAUCGCGAUCAUCGACGACGCUCCUCACGUGAUCGCGACUAUCGUCGACGCAGCCGUUCGCGAGGUGGAGAAGUUGGUGGUGGUCGACGGCGACGCUCCAUGUCUCCGAGGCCGUUCCGGGGACGAGGGGGACGGGGAGGAUCCGGCGGAUACUAUCGUGACCGAUCGCCACCGGAAGAGAUGACUCAGGAGGAUCGGGAUGCACGGACGGUUUUCUGUAUGCAGCUUUCCCAACGUAUUCACGCCCGCGACUUGGAGGAGUUCUUUUCCAGCGUGGGCAAGGUGCGCGACGUGCGGUUGAUUACGUGCAAUAAAACCAAACGCUUCAAAGGCAUUGCGUACAUCGAGUUCAAGGAUCCCGAAUCGGUGGCCCUCGCCCUCGGUCUGUCCGGACAGAAGCUGCUCGGCAUUCCGAUCAGUGUGCAACACACGCAGGCGGAAAAGAAUCGCAUGGCGAGCCAGCCACCGGCCGCGCCACCGAAGAAUCCGACCGGACCGAUGCGUUUGUACGUCGGUUCGUUGCAUUUCAACAUCACGGAAGAUAUGCUGAACGGAAUCUUCGAGCCGUUCGGCAAAAUCGACAACAUUCAACUGAUAAUGGACGCGGACACUGGACGCUCGAAAGGAUACGGAUUUAUUACAUUCCACAACGCUGACGAUGCGAAGAAGGCAUUGGAACAGUUGAACGGAUUCGAGCUAGCCGGACGCCCUAUGAAGGUGGGCAACGUUACGGAACGGCUGGAUGUGACCACGCACGCUUCACUCGAUACGGACGAAAUGGACCGCAGUGGCAUCGAGCUCGGAGCAACCGGACGACUGCAGCUGAUGUUCAAGCUGGCCGAAGGCGCCGGUCUUGCUGUUCCGCGCGCAGCAGCCGAUGCACUGCUCGCGACAGCCCCACAACCCGCCCCGCUGCAGCCAAUCCAGCAGUCACCGCCCAUCGCCACACAAUGCUUCCUGCUGUCGAACAUGUUCGAUCCGGCCACGGAAACAAACCCGAGCUGGGACGUGGAAAUACAGGAUGACGUGAUAGAGGAGUGCAACAAGCACGGUGGUGUCCAGCACGUCUACGUGGAUAAGCAGUCACCGGCGGGCAAUGUGUACGUGAAGUGUCCGAGCAUUGCGACGGCGGUGCUGGCGGUCAAUGCCCUUCACGGACGAUGGUUUGCCGGGCGCGUCAUUGGCGCCGCUUACGUUCCUCUCAUCAACUAUUACAACCUUUUCCCCGACGCAGCCCAGGCGGUCUCGUUGCUUCAGCCAAAGCGAUCCGGUUGAAGAGGAGUCAUAUAGCAAAAGAUAUGGUCAUGCUUCGGUGUAUAUAAUCGAAUAUACGCGCGGGGUAGUUUUACGUUUAGGGACCUUUUACUAAUAGAACUUUCCGUUUAUUCACCCGCUUGCAAAUCAAUCAAUGCUUGGACACGUUCCAAGAUGCAAUAUUUGGCAAUGAAACUAUGUUAAACGCUUUAGACAUAGAGGUGAUCUCAGGCAAAAAUAUGCUUGGAUUGAAUAGGUUUGUCUAAAACAAAAAAAAACACGUUCUCAAUUUGUUGUCCCUUGUAAAAAUAUGUGAUAUGAAGAUUUGCCGUUUUUAAGAUCCCGUUUCAGGUUUGAAUACUGCAUCCCGGCAGUAACAGUGUACGACAAGACAUAAUACCACGGCAAAAGUAUGCGCCCUUUUCCACGAUCGGUUACAAGGCAACAACGACUGGAUACUAUUGCAUGUUUUAUUGUAAAAAUAUAGGUUAGUGAUUAUGAUUUGAUUUCAUUAUGGAAACGGGCUUGUUUUAGUGAAAAUUUACUGAUCAUAGCUUGAAAAAAUAUAGUAACCAUAAUAGUGCACAGAUCAAACCAUUAUCGUACAAAAAUGGAAGCAGAAUGGUGGCGCGCUUGAUUUGUGCGGUACAGAGCAUCACCCAGAUAGGUUUUCUUUUCAGGCAUGAACCGGUUGCUGUUGGCCUACAGUUUGCCGGUAGCAAGAAUGGAUGGUACAAGUAAAUUAAUUAAUUGUUAUGUCGUACACAGGAAAAACGGUUUUUGUUUCGCUCGGCCGUUCGAUUUAAACCACACAGCAGCAACAACUAAAAAUUGUAUAAGUUAGCGAUAGGAAAAGGAAUACAGCAGGUUCAAUUAGUCUCUUGGUGAAAUGUACUUGAUAUAUUGCAAAUGGUGUCAUUUACUACUAGGCACACCGACUGUGCGGAUAACAUUAAGGGUUUUAUGGUCAGGAUACACCGAGUAUGGUGUACCGAUUAUUAGGUAAUAAGGAAAAUCAUAUGGAAGACAAUUACUGCAAACAAAGAA